CGUCUCGUGUUCUUUGUUAUUUAUCAUCGUAGCACGCAAUGUUAGAGCGGGAGUAGGGGGGGGGGGAUGUGUUACGAGACGGGUUUUUAGCGUCGUAACGACUGCUCCACCCCGGCUUUGAUUGAACCCGAAAGCAGGUUUGUUGGCCCGACCCGGCCUCUUCAGGUCGUCCGUUCUCGGUAGGGAUUCUAGGCAAGCCCCGCGCUGUGACCUCGGGCCUACUUGCCCCACUCAUCCCCCUCGCAGGUUGUUGAUACACUUUACCAUGGCCUUGGAGGACGAGACUGGUAAGGAUGUCAUGGAAGAAGCGUUGGAAAUGGCUGACAAGGGUGAGGAUACGGAGACGUCGUUGGCUGAACCUCAAGCUGAGAGUACGCAGCCAAACAUGAACGCAAGCCCUUGCACUCCUGAAAUUGGUGACGUUCCUCAUGGCAGUCCCAUGCAAGUAGAGGAACAAUCGAUGUCAGCAAAAAGUGACGUAUGUGAGAGGAUUGAGGAUGAUAACGCCGACGAAGCUGCAGAAGGCGCAGCAGGGACUCAAAAUGGCGAGAGGACAGAGACCGAAGAGGAUCCCGACAAUGGGUUAGGGGAGGACCUUGUGGUGUCUAUGGAGGAGAUGGAGUUACUCGUGGACAAACACCUUGCGGAAUAUGCAGAUUUCCACAAGCAAUGCAUGACGUUGCAGGAGGUGCAACUUUUGCUUGCCCAGCGAGAGGAGAAUGUGGCUAACAUUGACCACAUCUUCAGUGGCUUUAAAAUGACUGUGAACCAUAUACAAGGACAAGUGAGAGAGCUGUAUAUAAAACUAGGGCUUAAUUUUGACGAAGUGGAAUCCCUUGCUGAUGCUGCCAUUGAAAUGGCUACCACAACUGGCAAAGAGACAUCGAAUGACAUCAUUGAAAUCCUGGAUGAUGAGGAUGAGGAUGCUGAGGCUAACAGUGAAACAGGAGGCUCAAAUGUUAAGGACUCCAAUCGAAGCAAAACUAUCAAGGAUCUGAAUGAAGAGGAGGUGAAAGCCAUUAUAAUGGUCAUUAGAGAUUCUAUGAAGGAGGUACAAUGUUGCCUCUCCACUAUAAAGGAAAUGCGUGUAAAAGAAGAUGCCCAUUCUUUUAUGUGGCGAGAUUCCACGCAAAAAAAAGCUAAUGCCGACACUCAACUCGAGGUAAACAGUGCUGCUUCCUUGACGGGGAGCCAGUCUCAGCCUUCAUCGCCCACGGAGCCCGGAGCAGAUAACGAAGCUGGCAGCAUCCGACCAGAGCAGCGCUUCGAGUCUGGGCAGCCCACGGCAGUUGGUGAUGAGAUUUUGCUGGGCAUGCGUGUCCUUGGCAAGAAGCGGACGAAGACAUGGCACCGUGGCAUUCUUGUAGCCAUCGUCUCAUCCGCCAGCGGCUUCAAGUACAAAGUUAAAUUUGACAGCAAGGGGAAGAGCUUGCUGUCAGGAAAUCACAUAGCGUACGAUCGUCAUCCGGAAUCCGAGAGCCUUGUUGUCGGCAGUAGAGUUGUGGCAAAAUACAAAGACGGCACCUCGGUGUGGCUGUACGCAGGCAUUGUGGCCGAGACGCCACACAGAACCAACAAGUACAGGUUUCUCAUUUUUUUCGAUGAUGGAUAUGCAAGCUACGUCACACUUUUAGAAUUAUACGAAGUAUGCAGACAGUUAACCAACAGUUGGGAAGACGUGGAUGAUCGUGCGAGCAGGGAAUUUAUGGAGGACUACAUCAAGUCAUACCCAAACCGCCCCAUGGUUCUUCUGAAGCCUGGACAGAACAUCAAGACUGAGUGGGAGGGCACGUGGUGGAAGUCUCGUAUUGAAGAGGUUGAUGGCAGCCUCGUUAAAAUCGUAUUCCUGAUUGAUGAGCGCUGCGAAUGGAUCUACAGAGGCUCCACACGGCUGGAGCCCAUGCAUACCCUUAAACACUACCACACUGAAAAGAAACCCGGACAACGGAUGAGACCCACGACUGCUGGACGAAACAAGGGUGGUCCUGUUGUUCAGUACCCUCAGCAGGAGCCCCAGCAGCAGCACACCAAACCCCAAACUCCAGCUAGUGCUUUGGGUUCCCCAAUCCAGGCACCUUUCAUAUCUCAUGCGGUGUCGCUGAGCUCCCAAUUCGCAAUACAGGAUGCACAAACGUGGAUUCCUCCAAUAGACAAAACAAGUCCUCCACAGAGACUAGGAAGACCACCGUUAUUCCCAUCUUCCACGAAUUUUAAUUUUUCAAUGCCCAGUCCUUCAGCCCAGUUCCCCACAAGUCCCAGCAGCUCUGCAGUGCUUCAACCCGGUGCCCAGAUGUCACAGAGUGGCGGUUUCCAACCAUAUGGAAAGCCUACCUUGAGCAGGCAGAGCUCCAGCCAUUCGGAAUCGUCUUUGAAUUCGGCCAACCGUAAGCAGGUGGCCAAGAAAAGCACUACCUUCCGCCAGGUGACCACAUCCACCAGAAUUACUGACUCCGAUAUCAGCUGGCCUGCCACAAACUACAGCUACAUGCCACGCCCAGUGGAUUUAACAGGACCCCCUGCUCGUAGCUCUGCAGGGGAGCGUGUUGUUCGCGGGCAUUCCGAGUACGUGCAGGAAGACAUCUCGCAUAAUGUGGGAGAGUCGCAGAUGUACAUGCCCACCAAUAGCAAAAUGGAAGCUCUGGCAACAUACCCAAUAUACAAGGCGCCGAAAGAGAAGCUGUUGUACGUUCCACACGCAUGUGGCCAGAGCUGCUUGAGGAGUUUACGGCCAGCCAACCUCGACAAGUACAAGGGCAGGAACCCACUCCUAGUUCCACUCCUUUAUGACUUUAGGCGACUCAGCGCACGCCGGAAGAUCAACCGCAAGGCACCGUUCCACAUGAUGUACAGGGCGCCAUGUGGCCGCAGCCUGCGCUGCAUGAUGGAGGUACAGCGUUACCUGUUCGAGACGUACGCCAACUUCCUCUUCCUCGAGCAGUUUUGCUUCGACCCGUACGUGAUGGCAGAGCGGCGCAUCAGCACCGUGAAGCCGCUGUACUGCGUUCGCGACAUCACAAACGGCGUGGAGGAUGUGCCCGUGUCGUGCGUGAACGAGAUCGAUUCGGAGCCGCCGCCGGACGCCGCGUACAGCAAAGUGCGCAUCCCCGAGCAUGGAGUCUUCAUCAACACGAGCUCCGAGUUCCUCGUGUGCUGCAGCUGCACCGACGGCUGUCAAGACAAGUCCAAGUGUGCAUGCCAGCAGCUCACGAUGGAUGCAACUGGCUGCAGCCCAGGAGGCCAGACCAACCCGGAUGCUGGAUACCACAACAAGAGGCUUGAAGAGUGCUUGCCAACAGGGAUUUAUGAGUGCAACAAGCAGUGCAAGUGCAACGUGCGGAUGUGCCAGAACCGCCUGGUACAGCAUGGCCUGCAGGUGCGGCUGCAGCUCUUUAAGACUCAAAACAAGGGCUGGGGCAUCCGCUGCUUGGAUGACAUCAGCAAAGGAUCCUACGUUUGCAUCUAUGCAGGCAAGAUCCUUACAGACGACACUGCCGACAAAGAGGGGCUGGAGAUGGGUGACGAGUAUUUUGCCAACCUUGACUACAUUGAGAGUGUGGAGCGACACAAGGAUGGGUACGAGAGUGAGGCGCUGGCAUCCAGUGAAAGCAGCGGCGUCAAUGUGAAGGGGGGCGACGAUGAUGAGGGCAGUGACGACAGCGAGAGCUUCUGCAGUAACGACCACCCUGAGUACAGGAGCCCCAGGGCCCGUGACAAAGAACGCGACCGGGACCGGGUUGGUCGAAACAGCAGCGGUGGCUCCAGCAACGUCCCAAUGGCAUUUGUGCGGAAGCUGCAGAAGAAGCAAAAGCAGAGCACGACCACACCGCCGGACGGCUCGGACGCCACUCCAUUUUGCAGCUCGUCGCCCGCACCCCCAACGCCGCCCGUAAACUCGGAGACAGCCAAGCACAAGGUAGCGUCGUGGCUAAGCGCCAACCAACUCGAUGCUCUGACGGUGCAAGACUCUGACAGUCGUUCUUCCUUCAAAAAUGUAGAAGACUUAACCAAGGAUUCCAGCAAGGCUGCCGAACCGAAACAACUUUCUGCUCCACACUACAGAGCAGUGGAUCCCAAAGAUGAUGAGAUUAUGAUUCUGUCGAGCAGCUCUGAGUGUGAAUUUCAAGGAAGCGUUGGAGUGAACAGGACUCAGCGGGCAGGAGGUGGCGGUAUUACACCGCUAUCCAAUGGUCUCCUGCAGAAGGGCUCCACCAAUGCUGUGCCAACUUUAAACAGUGAUGAUGUGCAGACAAUCUCAUCUGGCACAGACAGUGACUUGGAUCGUCCGCUGAAGCGGCAGGUCGCCGUGAAGCGAGGGUUUGCGUUCAAGACGACGGCACGCGGUGUCGCCGUCAAGUCUACGGGGAUGCGACGUGAGCUGGGGCGGGGGCCGGUGUCGACACAGUCCGGGCCCGGGCAGAAGGGGGGCGGCCCUUCCGGUGGCGGGGGCUCCGGCACGGGCGAAGGCGGCAACCAGCCGGAGAAGAAGAGCACGCGCGAGUUUUUUGAUGGCGAGGACUCGUGCUACAUCAUCGAUGCGAAACUCAUUGGAAAUCUCGGCCGAUACCUCAAUCAUAGCUGCAGUCCAAACCUUUUUGUACAAAAUGUAUUUGUGGACACCCAUGAUCUGCGCUUCCCCUGGGUAGCCUUCUUUGCCAGCAAGCGCAUUCGGGCAGGCACAGAGCUGACGUGGGAUUACAGCUAUGAAGUGGGCAGCGUGCCAGGUAAAGAGCUGCUCUGCUACUGUGGCUCCACUGAAUGCAGAGGAAGGCUGUUGUAGUGCUUGAAGAAAACCCCAAGCUCGUCUCACAGACAACCACAAUGGCCCCUGUAAGUAUGGGGGCCCAUGCUGUUUAAUUUUCUUCCUUUCAACCUCGACUCUCGGUGCCACUGUUCUGACAUCGCUUUCUCUCCACGGUUGUGAUUGCUUGACAUAACUUUAAACUAUUACAAUAAAACAAAUGAAAUGCUUAAGAACCGUUAAAGUUUACCAUUUUUUUAUGCCUUGGUUAUUUCGACAAAAACACAUGCAUCAUAUCAGCAUACUUUACUUUUGAGCACAUUAAAUUUUUGGACACCCGUUGCCAUUUCAGAACUGAAGUAAACCUUGGAACACAUUUGACAUGUUUUAUGAAUAUUUAAAUUCCUGUAAAUGUUGUGUUUUGACCUCGUUUUUAAAUUUUAAAUGCUGUAUAAUGCUUGUGCAGAUAUUGGAUUGUGUGAUUUUUUUAUUAUUAUUUCUUUUGUAAUGAGAUGUAAUACCCAAAAAAGAAGUCGUUAUUUGUUAUGCAUUGCCAAUGAAAUCUAAUUGGGUAUUGACACGGCUGUUGCAUAUAAUUUGGUAAAUUAAUUAUUCCACUUGAAACGUGACUUUUUGUUUAAUAAUUUGUAGUUACGAUGUACGGAAAUGUUGCUUGAAAUAAACGUUUAACGUCCAGUAUUUUUUUACAGUUGGGUGUUCAUUUUUUUAUUUUCUUUAUUAUGCCUUGGAAUGUUGUGGAAAUGUGUACUUUAGUAUUAUAAGGUAAUCCAUCUGUACAGAGCUUUCAUUGACAUGUUAUACAUUUUGUAUAAAAAACUAACGUGAGAAUUGGGAUUUGUUUUAGAGUUUUUUUUAAUUAAGUUUAAGCUCAAGUCCUUUAUUGUAAUUUUUUUUUCUUUUUCCUCUGACAUCGGUAAAUUUUCAGUUUUCCUUCUUGCAAUGUUACAUUCACGAAUGUGCUAAAUCUUAUUCAUGAACCUAGCAGCUGAUCUUUAUUCAUCAGCGCAUUUCUAAUGCAGACUGCAAAGUGCAAAACAAAUUGCUUCCAUUAAAUAUGCGUCGGGAACACAGAAAUAUGAGUCGGCCAAUGAUAAAAAGUCAUGCACAGUUUUUUUUAAUAUUUGCCCUUUGGUGUUAGAAAUACACCAAUAUCAGAAUCCCAGUUGUGUAUCCGUCAACUGCUAUGAUAUUGACGACAUUCUCUGUUCAAGUGACUACUCUAUAUGAUUGCUGAUGUGAAAAUGUUUAUCAUUAGUUGUAAAGCCUAAGGCAUCUUUAAAAUAUUUUUAGAGCCAUUCCUCUCGCAUGCCUUUUUUGGGAUCGGGCUAAAGGUCUUAAAGCAUCCCCCCUCAAUAUUGCGGCACUGGUAUAGUUCUAGGAUAUGCGAAUGUCCCACCUAAUACCAAUGCCUCCAAAAAAACAUCUGAUUGAAGACCCCCCAAAAAAACACCCUUCAGGCCUUACCCCAGAAACAAUGGUCCCCAUUGAACCAUUUCGGAACAUUGCAUGAGAGAUGCGGUCAUCUUUUACACCCCUGGAAGAUGGAAACGCACACAAUGUGACCGCGGACACUAAUCAAACUGGACCAUGUUGUAAAUCAGUGCCCAUUUCUAUCGUUUGCUGGUGGCAUUGCAGAUUUCUAAGCCACUUCAUAAGCUGUCCACUGGUUCAUUAAUCUUGACUUGGUUAUUUUAAUGUUGCCAAUCACCUCUACGUAUGCAAGUAGAAGAAGACCUGUGUAACAAACUACCGUAAUUAAAAUAACAGUACUUUUUUUUAAAGACUGAUCACGUGCCUCUUAUCCAAUAUUUACAGCACAUUGUUUUUGCCCCGUUAUAUGUUUCAUUUAUAUUUAUGCACAGGUCACUUUGUAUCGUACAGAUUAAAAAAAAAAUCCAAAUGUGAAUUUUUUUUUAAACUGUGGUGUUUUCCUGGAUAAAUUGGAUUUGUUGGCAAUUGACUUCAAUGGGCUUUCAUGUGAUUAUAAUGUAAGUGUACUGUAAAGGUAUAUGCUUUUGCAAGCUUAAAAAGAUAGAAAUUAGACAACCAUAGUUUGUUAAAUAACCAAAAUCUGCUGUGUUCAGUAAAAAAAUACUGAACAGAUGUACAUGCUAAGACCAGUAUUUAAAUUAAGACUUUUACCGUACAACACUACAGUGUACUCUUAACAUUUUGUAACCCACCAGCGUUUUUAAUUAUAUUGCUUGAUUAAUCCAUGUUCACGUGAUUAAUCAAAUACAAGUGCCAUUGUGCGCUAGCCAUUAAAACACCUCAAGCACAAAGCCUGGCACUUGUCCCAAAUGAAGUGGCGUUGGGGAUUUGUGCAAUUAUGACUUGGGCCAGUGAUAGUGUGCCACAUGGGUGCUAAAAGAUGAUAAAUACUCUGCAGUGAAAUAUAAAAGGUUGUUAUGAUUGGUUUUGCCCCUGAUGGGCAGAGCUGAGAUGUAUGGAUUUUUUUUCUUCUCUUUCCAAGUGCUGGAUCCCAGGAGGAGCUAGUUUUUACUUUUCUGCCCCAUCUGAACUCAAUCCCAUUUAUUCUGUUUGAAAUGUAAAAUUUUAAGGUUAAUAGAAUUGAUCUAACCACUCACUUGGUGCUCCUAGAGCCGGUGUGGUAAUAUCUAACAAUGCUCUAUUGCUGAUUGUGUGGUGAUAAUGUACAUACUGUAAAUUAUAUCUUUUUCAGUAAAUAACUUGGAAGGAUUUUGUGUGUACAUGAAUUUUAUUUGAUUUAAUAUAUACUUUAUUUCAUGAGUUUGUGUUGGGAUUUAAAUUUA